AUCGACUUCCAACGUAAAAACCGAAUUGCAUGGACGGCCAAGAAAAAGCACGCAGUAACUCCGAAACGCGCUAUCGCACUGUGAAGCCACCGAAAAGCGGCGGUGGCGGCGUCGUCGGCACCACGGGUGGCUUUAAGUAUCACACUACCAUUGCGCACAAAAUACGCCGGCUGCAGGGCAUCGGGGGUAGCAACAACGGUGGCCGGGUGGCCACGGGUAGCGGCACGCUGCUGUACUCGGCAUCAUCGGCGGAAACGGUACCAUCGUCGCCGGGUCGCUUUACUAACUUUAUGUUGUCCGAUGUCGUUGCUUCUUUUGUCGGUAUGCGUAAUGGGUCGGUAGCUAACCUGUUUUCCACGCGCAGUCACUGCGGUGAGUAAUGUCCUUGCUGGGUGACGUGCCCGUACGAACUUCCGAGCGGGGGAGGAAGAGAGAGAGUGUGCCUGUGUUGUGUGACUUUGUUGAAGAGUGUCUCUAUUCGGUACGGUAUCGCUAGGCGUGUAUGUAUCUAAC